CUCCCUUUUAUAAACAUCCACACGAAUAAUAUUCUCACAAAUCACUAAAGGAUAGCUAAAAAUGGUGAGAAAUAGGAGAGAAGAAUUAUACGUUACCGUUCCCAGCCUUUUCCGAUGUCCGAUAUCCAUGGACGUAAUGAAGUCACCGGUGAGUCUCUGCACCGGCGUCACUUACGAUCGGAGUUCCAUUCAAACUUGGCUUUCACAAGGUCAUAAUACUUGUCCCGCCACUAUGCAAAUCCUUCCGUCUACCGAUUUCACACCUAACCUCACUCUACGUCGGCUUAUCAACGUCUGGAUUCAGCAUCAGCCGGCGAGCUCACCGGGAUCCACAACGCCGUCUUCAUCCUCUGUUACAAAGUCGGAAGUUGUUGAAAUUGUCAAAAGUCUCAACGGCGAGGUCGAUAGGUUGAGUUCCUUGGCGAAGAUUGUGGAAUUUGUUAAAUGUUCUGGUGAAAACAGGAGGUUUUUUGUGAAUUUGAGUGAUGCGAUUGUGAGUGUUGUUGGAGUUUUGGUGGAUUGUGAUGUGGUUGAGGUUUGUGAAGCGGUUGUUGCGGUUUUGGAUUUGGUUGUAUCGGAAAAUGAAGUGAAAGAGCAGUUGAACAAAGAGAUUUUGAAGAGCGAUAGGAAAUUUCUGCCGAAGUUUCUUUUGAUUCUUCGAAAAGGAAAGUUGAGUUCGAGGAUUCAAACCGCUCGGAUUCUAGAAUUCAUCGCAUUAGACGCGGAUUCGCAGCGAAAAAUGGUCGAGGAGCAAGGUUUACUCUACGAAUUGCACGUAUUCACUAGCACGGAGACGAACCGGUUCGCGAUCGAAGCCGGUUUAUCAACUCUAAUCGCGGUCUCAACCACCAGACCGGCGAAAAAAGAGCUAGUCCGGUUCGGAAUUGUACAAACCAUCGGGAAAAUCCUUAGCGGUUCGGAAACCGCUCGGGCGGUGGUGGAGAAGUCAUUGAAGCUGUUGGAAACAGUAGCGACGUGUACGGAAGGCAGGUCGGCGAUAGGUAAAGGCGAAGAGUGCUUGUCGGUGAUAGUUACAAGGCUGAUGAAGAGCUCGAAAGCAGCGACAGAGCACGGGGUGACAGUACUGUGGAGCGUGUGCUGCUUGUUUCGUGAUACGGAGGCGCGUGAGGUGGUGGGAAAGGCAAAUGGGCUAACAAAAGUGUUACUGGUAAUGCAGAGUGAUUGCUCCGCGGGGGUACGGCAGAUGUGUGGGGAAUUAGUCAAAGCAUUGCGCGUGGUGAAUAAUAAAGAUAAGAAUUAUUCAAAGUCGUGUUUGGCGAGUUAUGAUACCAAAACUACUCACAUUAUGCCCUACUGAAAAUAUAAUAAAGGCCAUACCACUCUUAAUUUGUGUUGACUAACCAACCAUACCAAAAGAAUCAAACACUAGUUUUUAUUUUCUUUAAAAUAAUUAUUACUCCAUUUGUUUGUUUAUAGAAAUAGAAUUAGGUAAGUUUCAUGCUGUAAAUCCAAAGGAAUUCUGCUAAUGAUACACAUGACAUCAAACUGUUGGCUAAAUACAUCAUAAGACCGUGAUAUUUCUUCAUUGUCGUCAUUAAUAUUAUUGUUAUUGGUUUUA